UGUUGUUCAUCCGCCAGUAAACCCGUUGCAGCAACGAUGGCUUCGUCUGGAGGAAAACAAACGUCCAAAAUUGUCUCCAAGAACAACUCGGGAGGCGGCGGGGCCGCGGGCUCCGGCGGCGGGGCCCCGGUGAUGCCCCUCGCCUCCCCGCUCAUGGGGAAGAAGAAGAAGCCGUUCCUGGGGAUGCCCGCACCGCUGGGCUACGUGCCGGGGCUGGGACGAGGUGCUACUGGCUUCACCACCCGUUCUGAUAUCGGUCCUGCUCGGGAUGCCAAUGAUCCAGUGGAUGACCGACAUGCACCUCCUGGAAAAAGGACAGUUGGAGACCAAAUGAAAAAGAAUCAGGAUGAUGAUGAUGAAGAUCUGAAUGACACCAAUUAUGAUGAGUUUAACGGUUAUGCAGGUAGCUUGUUUUCUAGCGGGCCCUACGAGAAAGAUGACGAAGAAGCAGAUGCUAUAUAUGCAGCGUUGGACAAAAGAAUGGAUGAAAGGCGAAAAGAAAGGAGGGAAUUGCGAGAAAAGGAAGAAAUUGAGAAAUAUCGUAUGGAGCGACCAAAGAUUCAGCAGCAGUUCUCAGACCUGAAGAGGAAGUUGGCAGAGGUGUCUGAGGAGGAAUGGCUGAGCAUCCCUGAAGUUGGAGAUGCUAGGAACAAGCGCCAGAGAAAUCCCCGCUACGAGAAGCUCACCCCUGUGCCUGACAGCUUCUUCUCCAAACACCUCCAAAGCGGAGAAAACCAUACAAGCGUUGACCCUUUGCAAGGGCUGGGAGGUCUGAACACGUCUUACCCAGGAAGCAUGACCCCUGGUCUGAUGACACCUGGAACUGGAGAACUGGAUAUGAGGAAAAUUGGUCAAGCCAGAAACACUCUCAUGGAUAUGAGGCUAAGUCAGGUGUCCGACUCAGUUAGUGGACAGACAGUGGUGGAUCCAAAAGGUUACCUGACAGAUCUCAACUCAAUGAUCCCCACGUAUGGAGGAGACAUCAGUGACAUUAAGAAGGCACGUCUGCUGCUGAAGUCUGUGAGGGAGACCAACCCCCAUCAUCCGCCUGCGUGGAUUGCUUCUGCCAGGCUGGAGGAGGUGACUGGUAAACUGCAGGUGGCCAGGAACCUAAUCAUGAAAGGCACAGAAAUGUGUCCAAAGAGUGAGGAUGUUUGGCUGGAAGCAGCCAGGCUCCAACCUGGCGAUACAGCUAAAGCCGUAGUAGCCCAGGCUGUUCGCCACUUGCCAGGGUCCGUCCGCAUCUACAUCAGAGCCGCUGAGCUGGAGACGGACAUCAGAGCUAAGAAACGGGUCCUCAGGAAAGCUUUAGAGAAUGUAUCCAAGUCAGUUCGGCUGUGGAAGACUGCUGUUGAGCUGGAGGAACCGGAGGACGCCAGAAUCAUGCUCAGCAGAGCUGUGGAGUGUUGCCCUACAAGUGUGGAGCUGUGGCUGGCACUGGCCCGUUUGGAAACAUAUGAAAACGCCCGCCGUGUCCUGAACAAGGCUCGAGAAAACAUCCCCACAGAUCGCCAUAUCUGGAUCACUGCUGCUAAGUUGGAGGAGGCCAAUGGAAACACUCAGAUGGUGGACAAGAUCAUUGACAGAGCCAUCACUUCUCUGCGUGCCAAUGGUGUGGAAAUCAACAGAGAACAGUGGAUACAGGAUGCAGAAGAGUGUGACAAAGCAGGCAGUGUGGCUACAUGCCAGGCAGUGAUAAGGGCGGUCAUAGGGAUUGGCAUUGAGGAGGAAGACCGAAAACACACCUGGAUGGAGGAUGCAGAGAGUUGUGUUUCCCACGGAGCCCUGGAGUGCGCCAGGGCCAUCUAUGCCCAUGCCCUGCAGGUGUUCCCUAGUAAGAAAAGUGUCUGGCUUAGAGCAGCAUACUUUGAGAAGAACCACGGCACAAGAGAGUCUUUGGAGGCCCUGCUGCAGAGAGCAGUGGCUCACUGCCCAAAAGCAGAAGUCUUGUGGCUGAUGGGUGCCAAGUCCAAGUGGCUGGCUGAAGAUGUGCCUGCAGCUCGAAGUAUCCUCGCUCUGGCCUUCCAGGCUAACCCUAACAGUGAAGAGAUCUGGCUCGCUGCCGUCAAACUGGAGUCUGAGAAUAAUGAGUACGAGAGAGCUCGACGACUGCUGGCCAAGGCUCGCAGCAGUGCACCAACGGCCAGGGUGUUUAUGAAGUCAGUGAAGCUGGAGUGGGUGUUGGGAAAUAUAGAAGCUGCCCAGGAGCUUUGCACCGAGGCCCUGAAACACUAUGAGGAUUUCCCCAAGCUUUGGAUGAUGCGAGGCCAGAUUGAGGAGCAGUGUGAGAGUAUGGACAGGGCCAGAGAAGCCUAUAACCAAGGGCUGAAAAAGUGUCCCCACUCGGUGCCCCUGUGGUUGCUGCUGUCUCGUCUUGAAGAGAGAGUGGGACAGCUGACGAGAGCCAGAGCAAUCCUGGAGAAGGCCCGACUCAAAAACCCACAGGGCCCUGAGCUGUGGCUGGAGUCUGUCAGGCUGGAGUUCAGGGGCGGACUGAAGAACAUCGCCAACACGCUGAUGGCCAAAGCCCUGCAGGAGUGCCCCAAUUCAGGCAUCCUUUGGGCGGAGGCCGUGUUCUUGGAGGCCCGACCUCAGAGGAAGACAAAGAGCGUGGAUGCUUUGAAGAAGUGUGAACAUGACCCCCAUGUCUUGCUCGCUGUAGCAAAAUUGUUCUGGAGUGAGCGUAAAAUAACCAAAGCCCGAGAGUGGUUCCUCAGGACGGUAAAGAUUGAACCAGACCUGGGAGAUGCGUGGGCUCUCUUCUACAAGUUUGAGCUUCAGCAUGGCACAGAGGAACAGCAAGAAGAAGUAAGAAAGCGAUGUGAGAAUGCCGAGCCUCGCCAUGGAGAGCUGUGGUGCGCCGAGUCCAAACACGUCCUGAACUGGCAGAAGAAAACAGGAGAGAUCUUGGCGCAGGUAGCCGGAAAGAUCAAGAACACAUUCUGAGACUUGGGGAAACUAGGACUGAAAACGAGGACUCUGGCAGUGGCCGGUCAAACAGAGAAUGGCUAUGGACAUGCUUGUUCUCUACCAGAACUCGCCAUUCUCAAUCACACACCCCACACUUUUCACCUUUUAUUCUUUUACAAAUUAAUGUUUUGCGUAACAGAAAAAGGUGGUUUAUUGUCAGUCUGAAAACAGCUCGGCACAUUUGAAAUCAAGUGCUAAUAUCAAAUAUCUGAUUGAGUGAAUAUGUAUGAACAACACAUCCAACGGAAAUUGCAACAUGAAGUUUUGGACAUGUUUUCUGAGCCUCAGUGGAAUGAUGUUGUGUAAGGUCUUUUGAGGAAUGUCAACCCCCAGAUGCAUCAAGGUCUUGGUUGAGCCACUGAUUUCUUUAACUAUAAGGCUUUUGUCUUGUUAAUUAAACUUCCUUCCAUGUCUGAUUAAAGAUUGCUGGAGGGUGGCAUUUAUAUAUUUUGUUCUUCAGCAGUCAGUCAUUUAAUAGUCUUUUGCAAAAAGUCUCAUGGUUCCUCCCUCAUGAUCCUGCCCUCGCCAUGCAUCAGGAUUUUUUUCUUUUCUUUUGCCUGGCAAUAUUUCUAUUUUGGUUUAUCUUUAAAAGUUUAGUUUCAUAUAGUGGCCUCCUCAUUCUCAUUAUUUUCCUAAAUGUCAUCUGACAUUUUCUUCUGCAACUCUGUCAUAAUGCUGCAUGUCUUUAGUUGUUAAAGAGAAAAAACAAAAACAUUAAAGAGAAAAACACACCUACUCUAGUAAAAUACUGAUUUAAUUUAUUCAUUUCCUGACCUUUUUUUCCUGACUUCAAAACACUGCUUUGGGAAUGUAAUUGCUGAAUUUUUUGAUUGUUGAGUGUAUUACAUUAUAUGUUGUAGGACUGGGUCUAACAACACAUUUUCUUUCCACUUGAUUUGAAUGAUCUGAUAUUUGUGAAAAUGUAGCCCAGGUAAUGUUUCUCAACAGCAGUAUUAAGUAGGUUUCCCACCUUAUAUCCUUCCCAAUUGUAAUUGGAAGUUAAUUCACAUCUGUUCAACAAAAAAACAUUGUGUAAUUUUUUAGCACAAAAAAUUCAGAAGCAACUACUUGAUAUGUAGAAGAACAUGCUUAUUUUAACUUUGUAAUGUGUUUGAACUGAGCAUUGAGGAAAUUGAAAGAGGAUACUUUUUAAUAACGUGGAAAAUAGACGUACACUGUUGAUUGCGUUUAUUAAAUAUCAGAGUGCAUUUAAUUUUGACUUUUACAGUUUCCCCUGCUACAGUUAUUCAUUUACUUAUUUUCCCACAUACAGUGC